AUGGAAGUGCCCAGUCUACAACCUAACUUUUAUCCUUCUAUAGAACAGAUCACAGAUUUUCAAAAUGCCUUUUUCCAAGCCCCAAUGGGACACAUGGGCGUGGAUUGUAUGCCUCAGUUUCGUCCACCCGUAAUGAACUGUAAAGCUCUGACGGACAUAUCUAACCGUAUCUACCCUUCCACUUCGUCCCAGCAACGUCCACCUGCCUUCUAUUUUACACAAGAGGACUUAGAUUUCGUCCUGUUUGGCUAUUACCCAGUCAACACGUGCAACGGGACUCCAGCGCACGCUUUAAGUGGUCUGAAAGUAGGAGAGAUAAGUCAUGGCAUUGAAAGGAUCUUGUCCCAAAACAAUGGCAUGGCGUCCCCUUUCCCGGUCAGUACCUGGAAACUUUCCCGAACGGACCCUCCACCUCACGAUCUUCCUGAAGAGUUGUGCAUUUGUCCAACAACAUUUGCUGGUAUCAUACAUUACGGUGUAUUCUCUCGUCGUGACAUUCUCGCGAAGGGCACGAGAUUUGGACCUUUCAAGGGCAAGGUCGUAAAUACCAGCGAAAUAAAAUCCUUCGAUGAUAACAGCUACAUGUGGGAGAUCUUCAAAGGAGGAAAGCUGAGCCAUUUUAUAGACGGUCGCGGAGCUACGGGGAACUGGAUGUCUUAUGUUAACUGUGCCCGGCACACGGCAGAACAGAACGUGAUAGUGGUUCAAGAGAAUGACUGUAUAUACUAUGAAGUGUAUAAAGACAUUCCGAUGGGUUCCGAACUCCUGGUAUGGUACAGCGACGUGUACGUUCAGUUCAUGGGGAUACCUGUGACAAUGAAAGAAUCCAUAGAGGUGCAGAAUGCAACUAAAGGAGAAAAGGAGGCCGCGGAGGGAUAUCAAUGUGAACGAUGUGGGAAAGUAUUUGCAUAUAAAUACUACAGAGACAAACAUUUGAAAUACACGAAAUGCGUCGAUCAGGGAAAUCGUAAAUAUCCAUGUCAUCUGUGUACAAGGUCAUUUGAGAAGAGAGAUCGUUUACGGAUCCACAUUCUGCAUGUUCAUGAGAAGCAUCGUCCUCACAAAUGUAGUGUUUGUGGAAAAAGUUUCAGUCAGAGUUCCAGCUUAAACAAACACAUGAGGGUACAUAGUGGUGAGCGUCCGUACAAAUGUGUAUACUGUAGUAAGUCCUUUACAGCUAGCAGCAUACUGAGGACACACAUACGACAACAUUCGGGGGAAAGACCCUUCAAGUGUAAAUUUUGCGGGAAGGCGUUUGCAUCACACGCAGCUCACGACAGUCACGUGAGACGUACGCACGUGAAAGAGAAAAUAAACUCGUGCAAAUUAUGUAGUCUAGAAUUUAGCAGUCCAUACGAACUCAAACUACAUACCAAGUCUAAACACGACAAUAUGUUACCGAACCUGUGGGGCGUACAGGAUUCGCAUCUUCCAGUCUCGGGAUCAAGCCUGCAUCAGUUACAAGCUUGA